GAAUCAGAUCAAUUGUGCAUUUAAUUGGAACGGAUUUUAAUUUGGAUAUAAUUAUUUUUUGAGAACUAGUACAAAUAAAAUUAUUUAUUUCUUAAGUUCUAAUCAAAUCAAGUUAUAUGUGGGCCGGUGGUAGACAAAGUGUGGUAUUCCACAAGAACUUGAGCUCUGAUAAUAAAUAGCCCAAUACAGUGUGAAAAGGGCCGACGAGCCCAAUUCAAUUACAAGCCCAUCUAUUUCUUUUUUUGCUUUUCUUAACCUCUUUUUUUUUUUAGCGCCUUUUUCUUUUUCCGAGUAGCGUUAAAGAAAAUAUUGUUAUUCUCUGGCUUUCGUGUGGCGAUAGGAAGACCAAGCAACCCCAAAUUCUACCGCUUUUGCGUAUUCUUCCGACCAACCAAAUAGAAAUUCUACACGAUCCACAAAACAAACAGAUUCCCUCCUGACGCGUAUUAUCUCCUCCCCUUCUUCCUCGCCGCCACGGCGCCUCCUGAUCAACCGACGAACCCCGCCGGGAAAGCCGUGAUUUUCCGGCGAACCGACGGCCGAGAUGGUGUCCCACUUCGAUAACUCCACAUGGGUCUUCGAUAACGACUUGAUUAAUGACCUCCCCGUCCCUCUCGGCGGCGAGCUUCCUUCCCUCGACCCUCCGGUUCCUAUUUGGUCGGCCCAUCCUUCUUUCCCUGAUUCCGCUCCCAUGAGAUACAAUGUUCCGUUCAAUGUCCCGUUGGAGAACUCGGAAUGUGUCAAGGAAACUGGGUCUAGGAAAAGGGCGAGAGAUGAAUCUAGCAGUGCUCCACCUCCUCCUAGGUCGAAAGCAUGUAGAGAAAAAAUGAGGAGAGACAGGCUGAAUGACAGGUUCAUGGAGCUGAGUGCGAUUCUCGAGCCAGGAAGGCCACCGAAGGUGGACAAAUCAGCCAUCUUAGUGGAUGCUGCUCGAAUGGUGACUCAGCUGAGAGACGAAGCUGUGAAGCUCAAGGAGUCGAAUGAGAGCCUGCAAGAGAAGAUCAUCGAAUUGAAGGCAGAGAAGAGUGAGCUGAGAGAUGAGAAACAGAGGCUGAAGACAGAGAAGGAGCAGCUCGAAAGGCAAGUGAAGGCCAUUAGUAUUCCUCCAACGGGAUAUCUGCCUCAUCCUCAUCCAAUGGCUGCAGCUGCAUUUGCUGCUCCCCCGCCUGGUUCAAUGGGAGGCAAAUUGAUGCCAUUUGUUGGGUAUCCUCAAAUGUCUAUGUGGCAGUUCAUGCCUCCUGCAGCUGUUGAUACGUCGCAGGAUCAUUCCAUUCGUCCUCCAGUUGCUUAAGCUAAAGCUUUCAGGCAAGGCUCUAUUACUGACUUCACUGGGAGCGGGACACCAAUGGCAACACCCUCGGUUGAUGUUUGUUUAUAGUCAUUCUUUAUUGGUAUGGUUUUAGUUAUUAUCAGAGUCGUUUUAAAUCGCAAGAGUUAAAACUACAUCGAUGCGGAACUGACUUGUUAAUCUGUGUUUCGUACUCUCUCUGUCACAAAUUUUGGCUCAUCAUUGCUACAAGAUUGUCGUGGAAGCAUUGAUGAGAUUCUUGAGAGAUUCAUAUAUGCUUUGUAAGGUUACUAGGUGAGGCCUCUUGUCGAUGGGCGUUCAUGACCAAGUUUUUGACUUACCUUAUGCCAAGGGCUUAAAUAUGAAAUCAGAAUCCAGUUUGUGCACAAAAUUUUGUUUCUUUUCAACAGGGAGGUUUGAAUCACAUGUAGCUCCCGUCCCUGUAAUCUCUCCAGAGUCCAGACUUGGAGAGCUCCAUAAAUGGUCAUCAAAACUGUACUCUAUUGCCAUGACAAUGGCAACUGAGAACACUAUAAGUGAAGCUUUUCCACCAUACUCUUGCAUGGUCUUGUGCACCACCAGCAAUCAGAGAGCGACAUGAUGAAGCAUGUAGCCGAAAGAAUGAUGGCUGUGUUGAUGUGCUCCAUCCUCAGCAGUAGGUUCUGAAUAGCAGACAUGCUGGAGGAGAAGAACACCAUGAAGGAGCAGGUUGCAGCUGUUACUUAUAGAACAAGAUCGAUUUCGGUUAGGUUCGACAACCAUUUUGUUCAUACCAGGCUGAUUGAUGUCUGGGUUGCAUCGAACGGAAUCAAACUGUCAAAAUCAUAUUGAAAAGGGAAGCAUGAACCUCGGCUACGAUUCCAACUUGAAGAAGGAGCGGGUUGAUCAACAUGCCACCUCCAAUGCCAAAAACUCCUCUGAGGAUCCCUGCGAGCAGCGCCCUUAUCAGGAAGAUGAUCCUGUUAGUGGCGGCUCUGCUUAUUCUGGCUGAAACUUGCAUGUUCUCAUUGUUGUUGGUUGGCUGAUGAAUGAUGAUGUUCAUGUUCUCAGGUCUUGCUUCUCAGCAGGAUCCAUGCGGUGAAAAGUAUUGAUAGUUGAUAGUGGGAUUUGGAGCGAUGUGCCCAAUAUUCGAAUCCGCGUAGUAGCGUAGUCAGGAAUUUUCCUAAGGUGGGUCCAACGACUAAAAAUAAUAACAACAUAACUUAUAUUAAUGUUUUACAAGGACCCACGACGUGUUUUUAUAUUCUGAAAAGUAUGUAAAAUACAUUUAUCAUCUAAACUAUCGAGGAUGUCGCUCUCAAUGUAGCCAAGAUCAGCAUGGUUUCAUUUCACUUGGUAGAAAGAUUUAGUAAUAGAAUUACCAAUACCAU